AUGGUGGAGGUGGUGCCAUAUGAUCCAUAUCAUGCAGACCCUAUUCAUAAGGUGGUAGCAGAGUUCCAAGUAAAGCAAUCAAAGCACAAAGGUCUUUGGAAGCUUAGACUCCAAGGAGAGAUUGUAUCUCUUGAUUUUAUCCAGACCCUGGAAGAGUUCAAGGUCCAGUUUGGGGACAAGUCGAGUGAGGGGCGGCCACAGCACACAGACCUCAUGGAGCUGGUGGCCCACAAAGAUGACCCCACUGACCAGAUGUUUGUGUUCUUCCCAGAGGAGCCUAAGGUGGGAAUCAAGACCAUCAAGGUGUACUGCCAGUGGAUGCAGGAGGAGAACAUCAAGCAGACCCUCAUCGUGGUACAGCAAGGCAUGACCACAUCUGCUAAGCAGUCUCUGGUGGACAUGGUCCCCAAGAACGUCCUGGAGCAAUUUCUGCAGCAGGAGCUGCUCAUCAACUUCACGGAGCAGGAGCUGGUCCCAGAGUAUGUCAUCAUGACCAAGGAGGAGGUGACAGAGCUCCUGGCCAGGUAUAAAUUCCAGGAGAACCAGCUGCCCAGGAUCCAGACCGGAGACCCGGUGGCCCGCUAUUUCGAGAUAAAGCGAGGGCAGGUGGUGAAGGUGAUCCGGCCCAGCGAGACUGCCGACAGGUACAUCACCUACCGGCUGGUGCAGUAGCCACCCCGCGAGCUGGUGAGAUGCCAUGUGGCCGCAGGUCCUGCCUGUCCAGGAGUAAGCCCUAGCUUUCCUCUCCUCUUACCCCACAGUUGUCUCUGUCACCUCCCUGUGGGGGGUGCGUGGAGGCAGCCCCACUUCCUGCCCCACUGGGCUCGACUCGCA